UCCACAGUGGAUAGCCUGAGAUCUUUCAGCACAGACGUCUGGACAGAGCCCACCAGGAUGCUCCUCCCUGCCCCCUGGUCCCACCCUCCUCAUCCAUUGAUGCUGCUGACUCUACUGCUGGGACUCCCAGGGGUGACAGGAGAGGAGCUGCAGGUGAUUCAGCCUGACAGGUCAGUGCCAGUCGCCACUGGAGAGAUGGCCACUCUGCGUUGCACAGUGACCUCACAGGUCCCCGUGGGGCCCAUCAGUUGGUUCAAGGGGACUGGGCGAGACCGAGAAUUGAUCUAUAGUCAUACAGUCCACCCCCCCCGGGUAACAAAUAUCACAGAUCACACGAAGAGAGACAACCUGGACUUUUCCAUCCGCAUCAGUAACAUCAUCCCAGCUGACGCCGGCACCUACUAUUGUGUGAAGUUCCGGAGAGGAACUCCUGAAAAUGUGGAGUUUAAGUCUGGACCAGGCACUGAGGUGUCUGUGAGUGCCAAACCCUCUGUCCCUGUGGUAUUGGGUCCUGAGGCAAAGGCCACAGCUAAGCAGACGGUGACCUUCACCUGCGAGUCCCAUGGCUUCUGCCCCCGAAACAUCACCCUGAAGUGGUUCAAAAAUGGGAACGAGCUCUCAGACGUCCAGACCACUGUGGACCCCGCAGGAGAAACGGCCUCCUACCGUGUACACAGCACGGCCAGGGUGGCGCUGGAGCCCCGAGAUGUCCACUCUCAGGUCAUCUGUGAGGUGGCCCACGUGACCUUGGAGGGGAGCCCUCUACGUGGGACUGCCAACUUGUCUGAGACCAUCCGAGUACCACCCACCUUGAAGGUUACCCAGCAGCCCAUGAUGACAGGGAACCAGGCCACCUGCCAAGUGGAGAGGUUCUACCCUGGGAAACUGCAGCUGACCUGGUUGGAGAACGGAAAUGUGUCCCGAACAGAAAUGACUUCGACCCCCAUGGAAAACAAGGAUGGGACAUACAGCUGGACCAGCUGGCUCCUUGUGACCUCUUCUGCCCACAAGGACGGUGUGGUGCUCACCUGCCAGGUGGAGCAUGACGGGCAGCCACCGGUCACCAGAAGCCAUGCCCUGGAGCAGGGCCCAGAUGCCAGCCUUGACCUGGCACUGCCUCCUCUUGGGCCCCUGCUGGUAGCCUUCCUCCUGGGCCCCAAGAUGCUGCUGGUGGUUGGUGUGGCUGCUGUCUAUGUCCACAGGAAGCAGAAGGCCUGACUCACCUUCCUUCCACCCCUGUCACGUGGGACCCUCAGUCUCUGCUGCCUCCGUCCUUCCCUGAGGGGCUCAGCCUGAGGGAAGAAGCCAGAGAGAACCUUCCACAGACUUGGCUCCAGAUGCCUCAGGCUCCUGUGUCAGCACAGUCAGCCCUUGAUGCCUCAGGGCCAGGUCUUCUUCUGUGGUCCUGAACAGGGGCCAUGGGAUCAGGUGGGGACUGACUCAGGACACCUCCCUAGAAGGGGAGUAAAAAGCCACACAUCAGUGCCUGAGGACACUGAUCCAUCAGCUCGGACCACCCGUAGCAGACCCCCGGCCGGGCUCUCAGGGGUUUCUCUGUCUCUGGGUCCCAGCCUACCCCAAACGGCCCAGAGGUGCUGAGCUUGUCCGGGGUCUCCUGAGUACUGAAGUUGGGAAGCCCAAUCCCACUUUAAGAGGAAAAAUUAUUCUCCUUCUCCUUUGUCUAAGUGCCCUACUUCUCAAACCCAUAAGGAAGUUUGUCCUCCUGUCCCUGUGAUGGGAGCAACAGUUUGUCUGUCACCCUGCAUACUUCCAGUCCUCUGGCUCAUGGUGGGAACGAGGUGACAGUCUAAAAGCCUUGGGGUCCUUUUUGUUUUGUUUGUUCUUUACAUCGCAUACACAAUUCUGGUUUGAAAGUGCACGUGUCCACUGGUGAAAAGGUAAAUGUUGAACAAUUGAUUUUGAAAGGGGAAGGAAAAAGCCACAUUGGUGGUCCUUCUCAAUUUCUGUGUUGUAAAUACUCCCAAUGUGGUCCGUUUCAAGUUACCAACAGUUUAACAACCAGACUGCAGAACUGAAAUUUUACAAGGGCCCUCAGGAGCCAGUCGAAGCCUGCUCCAUCACUCCUCGGCAUCGUGUCCAUAAUCUGUGCACUUUCUACACACCUCUGUCCCAGCCAGCGUCAUCUCUCCCUGGACCAUUGCUGCAUCUUCUAACUGGAUUCCCUGCUUCAACCACAGCAAUUCCUUCUCAGUCCUCUGCUAUUCCCCAACACAUUUGCAUGGCUCCCUCCCUUCUUCCAAAUCUUUGCUCAAUGUCACUUUAUUAAAGGCACGUUUCGCACACCACCUUACAUAAAAUGUUAAUUCCUCUCUCUCUCCAUGGCAUAUGAAUUCCUCUUGACCUCAUUUUUUUCUUAUCAGUUAUUGUCAUCUGUACUAUACUGAGUACACAGUCCUUGCUUUCAUGGCAAUGCAGGAUUGUAAAAAGGACUGUGAAGUUGGGCCAGUGGCUCAUUCCUGUGGUCCCAACUCCUCAGGAGGCUGAAGUGAGAAGAUCACUUGAGCCCAGCAGUUCAAGGCCAGCCUGGGCAACACAGCAAGACCCCAUCUCUGGAAAAAAAAAUGUGCAAACUGAAACCCUUAGAAAUAAUCUCCAUAGUCAAUGGGAAAAAUUAUGAUUAUUCUGGUGACUUUGAUAAUGUGUUAACAAAAUAUUAGAGAUUCUCUCACAUCCUCUCAGUUAUAAACCUAUUGGGCAGUGAAGAAUGAAAUAAUAUGAAGGUUUAGUACAUUGCAAUUUGAAACAUUAGAAACAUUGAGAGUUAAAAUGUGUUAUUUCUUUAUAAAAACAUGUCAAGAGGAAUUGGAAUAGUGCUUGCCUUCUUGAUGAUGGAAAAGCCAAAUUCUGCCAAAAUAUUUAAAGAGGUUCAUUCUGAGGGAUGGCACCUGUAGCU